AUGGCGCAACUCAGAACUGACCAAGAUAUCGACGUGCAUGACAAGAUCGAGGAUUCCUCAUCGUUGUCCGAUGAUAAGCUGGAAGCUGGACUGAAUGCCUCCGCGGGAAAUAAUGACACAUGGGACUGGGAUAAUGAUCCCAGGAAUCCCUACAACUGGCCAUCCCGACUGAAAGUUCAGCAAGUUCUAAUGAUUGCUUCGGCAGCACUUACAACGUCUCUUGGUGUAUCGAUCCUAUCCCCUGCUCACUCGGAAUUUAUGACAGAAUUUGGAGUCAGCAGCACAGUGGCUAUCCUACCCUUGUCUCUCUAUGUCUUUGCUCUGGGCCUCGGUCCUAUCGUCGGAGGGCCGCUAUCCGAGACUGUUGGAAGAUAUCCAGUGUAUAUCGGUACCAUGGUUCUUGGCACAUUAUUUACUUUGGGUGCUGGCUUCAGUCCUACGUUUGCUGGGCUUUGUGUGUUGCGAUUUUUGGCGGGUUUUUGCUAUGCACCCACAUUGGCUAUCGCUGCUGGGACAAUCAACGAAACCUUCAAGCCAGUGAAGCGUGCUAUUCCGUCAACCAUUUUUAUUUUAUCCCCUUUCUUGGGCCCUGGACUAGGACCUGUGAUUGGAAGUUUUGUCGUGAACCGAAAAGGCUGGCGUUGGACUCAGUGGACAAUGAUUUUCUUCGCCAUAUUCACUCUCCUCACAAUUGUUCUCUCUAGAGAGACCUUUCAUCCUAUACUGAAACGUCGACGCUCAAAAGAACUCGGACUCGAUAUCCCGCCGUCCCCGCCUCUUUCUUCCAAAAUCAAGCUUUUUGCAACUAUUGCCCUUGUGCGACCUGUCCACAUGCUGUUAACAGAUCCCAUCGUCGCAUUCAUCUGUCUCUACGUUGCGUGUGAAUUUGCAACACUCUUCUCAUUCUUCGCCGCGAUCCCUCUGAUCUUCCAAGGUGUCUACAAAUUCGGCAUCGAGGAUUCCGGUCUCGUAUUUCUGGCAAUCGUUGUCGGAUGUCUUCUUGGAAGUAUCACUGUGCUUCUCUGCAACAUUCUACUCUAUUUGCCGCAAGUCGCAAAGCACAAGGGUCAGCAGGUUCCGCCUGAGCAUCGUCUUUACCCAGCUCUCAUCGGCAGCCUUGGUCUCCCGGUGGGUCUUUUCUGGUUUGCUUGGACUGCUAGAGCGGAUGUCUCCUGGGCAAGCCCUGUUGUCGCGAUCAUGCUGUUUGCAUGGGGCAAUCUUUGCGUCUUCAUCAGUACAACUCAGUAUUUAGUUGAUACAUACCAUGGCCUCACUGUAGCAAGCGCCAUGAGUGCAAACAGUCUGGCCCGAUAUGGACUCGCGGCAGCAUUCCCUCUAUUUACCAUUCAAAUGUUUACAAAACUUGGCACGGGCUGGGCCGCGAGUUUGCUAGGCUUUAUUGCGGUUGCUCUUUUGCCUGUUCCUUGGGUCUUCUUCAAAACCGGUAAGAAGCUGCGUGCUUUGAGUAAAUACGAGACUGCGGAAGCUUAG